AUGAAUAGACCUAAAAAUUAUUGGACCAAACCUCUCACAGAUGAAGAGUUAUUGUUAGAGGCGCAGCUAUUACUACAGGAUUUGCCGCUAGAUAAUAAUCAAGAUACUGAUAUUGAAGAAGAUAUUGAAGAAGAUGAGCAAAAAAUGAUAGAGAAUUUUAGUGCUCUAGACACAGAUGAACAUUGCUUUUCGGAAGAGGUGGUGCAGAAGGACAGUGAACUAAGCGAUUCCGGCGAAUCUGAGGAGGAUAAUGAGGCAGUAGAAGAUAGUGCAGAUUCAGACGAUGAGAACCUGGAUGACAGUUUGAAUGAUCCGGAUUUUUCUCCUCAAGUUCUUGAAAUUGAUGAUGAUAUUAUCGCUUUUAUAGAACAAGAUAUAGUAAUUGCGACAUCCUCAACAACAUCAUGUAAAAGAAAAAGAAACUAA